ACUUGACUUGGCUCUUUGGCACGGACAAUGAGCUCUCCGCUCGGCGGCAAAAGGCAGAAACUUGUUUUGAAAUACUCAAUUUGUUUAAUUAUAAUUCCCGAAGCAUUCGCCAGUUGGCUUUGAGAGUUUCUGUGCUGAGGUUGACAAAAUGAAGCGGACUGCACUAGGAGUGGCAGUGCUCCUGGCCCUGGUGGCUCACCUGACGGCCCACAGUGCGGACGACUUGGUUUACGGCUAUGAGUGCCGCAGUGGCCUCUGCCAGAAGGUGGAGCUCAGCGAGGAGAACUACGCCAAGGCCAUCAGCAUGCCCGUUUGCCGGCUCUUCUGCGGCAGCUCCAUCGGCACCCUGUGGCCCCAGCCCACGGGUGCAGUGCGUCUGGACACGCUGAUGCGCCAGGUGGACAUCUCCUUCAUCGAUUUCAAUCUCAAUGGCACUGCGAGGCAGGAGAAGCUCUGGCGAGCGGCCGAGGAUCGCUUUAUGGAUAUGUUGGAGGCGCAGAUCCCGGAUCGCAAAGUCCUGGCCCGCGGUGGCUAUCGCAUGUCUAUUAAUAUCAAUACCCCGGAGGAAGCGGCUCCUGCCAGGCUCACCCUGGAUACGGAUGAGAGCUAUACUUUGGAUAUAGACACAGAUGCCUCGGGUCAUGUGCUGGCCAACAUCACGGCAGCUAACUAUUUCGGAGCCCGUCAUGGCCUGGAGACCCUGGCCCAGUUGAUCGUCUACGAUGAUAUCCGCCGGGAGGUUCAGGUGACUGCCAAUGCCACCAUCACCGAUGCUCCGGUUUACAAGUGGCGUGGGUUGCUCCUGGACACUUCGCGUAACUACUACUCCGUGAAGUCCAUCAAGCGGACGUUGGAGGGCAUGGCCCUGGUCAAGCUGAACACCUUCCAUUGGCACAUUACGGACUCGCACAGCUUCCCCCUGGAGGUGCGCAAGCGCCCGGAGCUGCACAAGUUGGGAGCCUAUUCCCAGCGCCAGGUGUACUCGCGUCGGGCUGUGGCCGAGGUUGUGGAGUUCGGGCGCGUGCGUGGCAUCCGUGUGAUGCCCGAGUUCGAUGCCCCCGCCCAUGUGGGUGAGGGUUGGCAGCACAAGAACAUGACCGCCUGCUUCAAUGCCCAGCCAUGGAAGUCGUUCUGCGUGGAGCCACCGUGUGGCCAAUUGGAUCCCACGGUGAACGAGAUGUACGAUGUGCUGGAGGACAUUUACGGCACCAUGUACGAGCAGUUCCAACCCGAUGUCUUCCACAUGGGCGGCGAUGAGGUGUCAACCAGCUGCUGGAACAGCAGUCAUCCCAUCCAAAAGUGGAUGAAGCAGAAGGGCUGGGGUCUGGAGACCGCCGACUUUAUGCGCCUGUGGGGUCACUUCCAAACUGAGGCUCUCGCUCGCGUGGACAAGGUGGCCAAUGGCACGCAGACACCGAUCAUUCUCUGGACCAGUGGACUCACCGAAGAGCCCUUCAUCGAUGAGUAUCUCAACCCAGAGCGCUACAUCAUUCAGAUCUGGACCACUGGCGCCGAUCCCAAGGUGAAGAAGAUCCUGGAGCGCGGCUACAAGGUUAUAGUUUCCAACUACGAUGCUCUGUACUUGGAUUGCGGCGGCGCUGGCUGGGUGACGGAUGGCAACAACUGGUGCUCGCCGUAUAUUGGCUGGCAGAAGGUGUACGACAAUAGCCUAAAGUCGAUUGCUGGGGACUAUGAGCACCAUGUUUUGGGCGCCGAGGGAGCCAUCUGGUCGGAGCAGAUCGAUGAGCAUACGCUGGACAACCGCUUCUGGCCGAGAGGAAGUGCUUUGGCCGAGCGUUUGUGGUCUAAUCCCGCUGGAGGAUGGCGACAGGCCGAGUCGCGUCUGCUGCUCCAUCGCCAGCGACUGGUGGACAAUGGAUUGGGUGCGGAGGCCAUGCAGCCGCAGUGGUGCCUGCAGAACGAGCACGAGUGUCCCAUUGACGCAUGUAGUCGGGGCGGCGGGCGGCUUUGGAUGAUCCAGUUCCUGCUGUUCGUCCUACUGACAACGCUCUCCGCCUGAAAAUAAACCACUGCUCAAACGGUGACCUUACGCAA